GCCCAUUUUCAACAAAGCCACAUGAAAGAGAAGAAGAGCGACGUUUCAACACAACAUAAGUGAAACUAUGGCAAAUGACAAGAGUCCUCUGGGCCAACUCAAGGACCUGGUGGAGCUCAAGGACCAGCUGGAAGACAUUCAGAAAAGGGUGGAGGAUGAGAUACAGGCUGGGGUUCCUCCAGGAGGCAGUCUGCUGGGUUCUCCUUUCCUGAAGGGUUUUUUGGCCGGGUACGUUGUUGCAAGGCUACGCUCUUCAGCAUUGAUGGGUGUUGCUGUAGGAACCUGUACAGGAAUCUAUGCAGCACAAAAUUAUGCUGUUCCUGACAUUGAAAAAACCGUCAAAGACUACAUACGCAAUCUGAGAGGAGGUAACAAAUAAGAGAAAGAAAAGAAAGGAGGAAGAGAGACAUCUACAAGAAGAGGGCGCCAGUUCAGCUGCAUACGGGAACAGAUAUGUAUAUCAAAAGCUAAAAACUUUUCAGUAGUCACAAAUUCUAACAUAGAAACUGUUACUAUAGUAGAAUCAUUAUAGCGGCUAUAAUUUUUCUGACCUCGACCCUAUGCCAACAUCCCAAAAUGUGUCGUCUUCUUUGUUGUCCUCUGCCCUCUAGUGGUCAGAAAUUCAAUUAUAGCAGCCUUAACGAAUAUGCACUAUGUUUGCUCAGGGGAUGAUAGAGCAUGUAAAAACUGUCUCAGCUCACAUCUCAUGGUGCUCUUCGGUGUAAACCUAUCAAAACCCUUCAUGGGUCUUGUUAGUUUUCACAUUUUUUGCAGGUGUCAGAGCAAAGUAUGUGGUGUGGUGUGAUGUGUCUUUGCAGGCACAGCACACCCCUUAAUGUGAUUAUAGGUCAAUUUUUCACUUGGUAAACACUUUUGUUUUUAAAUUACAGUCAUAACUAUUUAUAGUCAUGAAUAAUAACUUAAGGUACGCUUUUGAGAAUUUUAUAAACCGUAUAAUAAGUAAAAAUGACUCCAGAAGUUACACACUGUUCAAACAUAAGGAAAAGUAUUCCUGGAAAUGUAUGUAAUAUUUCUCUAUAUAUUCCACCUCACACUGCUGAAAAUGUAUUUCAGACUCCAGUCUGCAAGAGCUGGUAGCCUAUCAAAUGAAAAUGUAUGCCAAAGUGAACUUUAACUUUGCUUAAAUGUUUUUAAAAAUUGCACUUGGGUGUUUUAACAAAACAGGGAAGUGUGUGUUUAAGUAUUUUAUGUAAUAUAUAUAUUAGAGUGCCUACUCUGGUCUGGACUUUAUUAUCAUCUCAUGCCAUGUGUGCAAUAGCCUUUCCUGGUGGGAUUUGACUGCCUAUUUCAUAUGCUGGAAACUAGUUGAUCUUUUGCACUUGUAUGAAUUGUAGGAAUUUAAAGCAACUUUAUUUUGUUCCACAGAAAUCAAUGAUUUGGGGGGGGGGGGGGGUCAAACAUAUUUGAAUUCAGAUUGAGGUCAUGUUCAUUUUAGUUUUUACUUUAACUAGAAAGUGUAUUAUAAAACAGUGUGUGCUAUGUGUUUGGUAACUGGAAACCAGGAACAACUUGUGCCUAUUGACAAUCAUUGUGUUGCUGUCUUCGUACUGCAUGCUCUUCAAUUGCUAUCUAUUAUGUUUUUGCAUGUUUUCUCUUGUUUUAUAAGUAAUACCUUUCUUUAAAACUUAAUUUACUCUGGAAUAUAGAAUAUGACGGGUCCAUUGAUGGUGCUUUGAUUAACUGGCUAACUGUCUCGUCAUCAUCAAUGCAGAAGUAUUCAACAUUCAACUUAACAGUUUGAAAUUCCAUUGUGAUGUUGUAAAAGAAAACCACAAAACUGUCUUUAAGAAUUUAUUUGGGUUGUUCAAAUAAAUGGGGACAAUACAGUGUACAAUUGUCUCAAAACAUU